AUUUCGGGCAGACCUCGGAAAAAGACAGUCAUGUCUGGUCGCGGCAAAGGAGGCAAGGGGCUCGGCAAAGGAGGCGCCAAGCGCCACAGGAAGGUUCUCCGAGACAACAUCCAGGGUAUCACCAAGCCCGCCAUCCGCCGCUUGGCCAGGCGAGGCGGAGUCAAGCGCAUCUCCGGGCUCAUCUACGAAGAAACGCGCGGCGUGCUCAAGGUCUUCCUCGAAAACGUCAUCCGCGACGCGGUCACUUACACCGAGCACGCCAAGAGGAAGACCGUCACCGCAAUGGAUGUGGUCUACGCCCUAAAGCGACAAGGACGCACUCUGUACGGCUUCGGAGGCUAAGC